AGCUUAAUAUGACGUGUGCUCGCAAUUAUAUACGUGUUAAUUUAUCUUUCUAUUGGUUUAAAGCGUACCAUGUAACACUACAAAAUGUUACUAUAAAUUAGUAAUAUUUAGUUUUGUUUACUACAAACAAAGUAAUAAGUUAGUCGUCUAAACGUAAUAUUUAAUUCGCGAGUUAUUUUAUUGCGAUUUUUGAAAAAUGACGUCAAUUUUCGAAAGUUUACAAUCCGCAACAUGUGUAUGGUUCGGAAUAGGCAAUAAACGGAAUGUAAUAGUGUCUAUGGUCGCCGGAACUCUGGUAAACAUUAAAGUUUACAUUAUUCUAUAUAAAACUGACACAUUUUUUGUAGGGUGGUGGUUUAUAAUUGAUGCUAAUGCCAAGUAUCCUAGUGAAAUGUCAAAAGCAUAUUAUGUAUGUGGAGUAUUUGGGACUAUAUCUUUAUUCAUGAUAAAUUCUGUAACAAAUGCACAAAUGGGAAGUGAUACACUCAGUGGUGGUUAUCUUGGAGCUAGAGGUGCAAGAGGUUGGUUAUUUGUUGGAUUUGUAAUGGGAUUUGCUGCAGUUAUUGCAGCUUGUUGGAUCUUAUUUGCAGAUUUUGUAGCUGCAGGAGCUCAGCACCAUUGGCCCGGUGUAGGUCUCUUUUUACAAAAUGUAUUUAUUUUUUUGGGAUCUCUGACCUAUAAAUUUGGAAGAAUAGAAGAGCUAUAAGGUUACCUAAUAUUUGUACGUUAUAAACGUUUUUUUAUAUUUGUGCAGAAGUUUCUAGUUCUACUGGAUUUUAAAGUGGAGUACUUUAUAUCAAAGAACAAAUAAUUACAUAUUGUAUUGUGAAUGAAUUGUAUUAAUUCAUUGUAAAGUUGUAUAACUCUUUUUGUUUUUAUUUACACAUAAGUAGUUAUUUAUAUGCUUACUCACAUUGCCUAUUCAUUAUGAAUUGUCACAAAUUUAAAUAAUUAUGUGUAUAAUAUAAUACAAGUUAUGCAAUUACAUAGGAA